AUGGGAGCGCAGAGCCCGUCGGGCAGUGCCAAGAAGCCGCGGGGCCGCAGCAUCCUCCAGUCGCUCUUCUGCUGCCUGUGCCGCGAUGACGCCGAGCCCUUCUCGGUCAACAACAACGCGCCGCUGCUGGUGGAGGAGAACGGCGCCGUGCCCAAGGCGCCCGUCAAGCACCUCCUGCCCGACAUCAAGCCGCAGGACGCCAGCAAGCUCUGYGUGGUCAUCGACCUGGACGAGACGCUGGUGCACAGCUCCUUCAAGCCCGUGAACAACGCGGACUUCAUCAUCCCCGUGGAGAUCGACGGCAUCAUGCACCAGGUGUACGUGCUGAAGCGGCCGCACGUGGACGAGUUCCUGCAGCGCAUGGGCGAGCUCUUYGAGUGCGUGCUCUUCACCGCCAGCCUGGCCAAGUACGCCGACCCCGUGGCCGACCUGCUGGACAAAUGGGGGGCUUUCCGGGCCCGGCUCUUCCGGGAAUCCUGCGUCUUCCACCGGGGCAAUUACGUGAAGGACCUGAGCCGCCUGGGCCGCGACCUGCGCCGCAUCAUCAUCGUGGACAACUCGCCCGCCUCCUACAUCUUCCACCCCGACAACGCCGUGCCCGUGGCCUCGUGGUUCGACAACAUGGCAGACACGGAGCUGCUCGACCUGCUGCCCUUCUUCGAGAGACUCAGCAGAGUGGACGACGUUUACACAGUGCUCAAGAAACACCGGACUAGCAGCUAGUGCCCGCGGG